AUGACCAAAAUAACAGAUAAACUUGUAAAGUGCAAUCGACAGGGUUUCUGUCCCAUCGACGGACCAAGUGGCAUUUACAAAAUUAAAAUUCGCGGAAUGAAUACAUUCGAAGCGCCCUGCAACUCAACUGGUUGGUUAACUAUUCAAAAGCGUUUUGACGGCUCGGAGAAUUUCCAUCGACCCUGGAAGGACUACAAAGAUGGAUUCGGAAAUAUAAGUGGAGAAUUUUUCAUCGGACUCGAGAGAUUGCACGUUAUGACUGAAGCCCGACCACACGAACUCUACAUUAAACUUGGCAAGGUAAAUGGAUCCACAGGCUACGCUCAUUAUGAUGACUUUAAAAUCGGAAGUGAAGAUGAAUUGUACGAACUUAAAUCGCUGGGGAUCUAUAAUGGUACAGUCGGCGACUCUCUCAAAAUUCAUAAGAACAUGAAGUUCACCACACUUGACAAGGAUAACGAUGAAAAUAAACGGAAUUGCGCUGCCGAUGAAUAUGGUGGUUGGUGGUACCAUGUCUGUUAUCAGAGCAAGCUAAAUGGAAAGUUCUACAAAGAGGGUCACGCUCCAGAUAAAAAGGAAGGUGGUAUUUCUUGGGGUUCCUGGCAUAACUACGAUUGGAACUACUCACUCACCUUUGUUGAAAUGAUGAUAAGGCCAAAAACGUUAUAA